ACGAACGAAAUCUCUUCACGCUCAUUUCGGGUCCGGAAACUUUUCUACGUCGCCAUCUCCACCGCCUUCCCCUCUCUCUCUCUCUUUCUCUCUCUUAGAAAUUUUCUUUCGUUCUUUCGGCAUCCAGAUCUGGUGAACAUGGCGGCGAACCAGGAAUCCUCGACGUGGGCCGAUCAGUGGGACCACACCCCGGAGCCGGUUUCGACCCCGGGGCGUGCGUCCAACAGGCUCGGCGGAUCCACCAGGACCGACCGGUACAAGCAGAAGGUCGGGGAGGGCCUCGUGAAGACCAAGACGGCGGCGUCGCACGGCGUGCAGAAGGUCAAGGAAGGGACCGCCGUCGGGUUCCGGUGGAUCAAAGACAAGUAUCACCAGACCACUCGGAAGCACUAGGGCUUAUGGCUGGCCGCGCCGGAUUUUUGUAUCAUUUGUGAUUCCUUCUGAUCAUUGGUUCCUUCUUCUUUUCUUAAUAAGGAUUGGUCAAUCCUGCGUACUCUUUCUAGGGUUUCAUGAUUCGUGUUGGAUUAUUUCAUUUUGUAUGUACUCAGAGGUAUAUUGAGUUUUAGUUUUGGAGAUUGGACUUCAUCCAUGCAUAUGUAUUAGUUGGAGUUUCAUCUGUGACUUUGAUCUUGUGAUUUAUGUAAAUUUCUUUUGGUUCAGCCAAUCCAUUUUUUUUAUUCAAUUA